GAUAAUUCUAUGUGUAUGACAGCUUAUUUUUCCAUGUUACACAAUUAGUAGUUUCUCACGAGGAAUCUCACUAAGAAGCACAAUAAGUUGCAUCACUUUCAUACAAAAACAGUAUCACCUGGUUCACAGGAUUUAGUGUGCAAGAAUAUGAUGAUAACUUCCUCCAUCAGCUACACAAACACCGUUGCUGUUCCUCUUAAUGAGUAUCCUUGGGCUUCCUUUGAUCAUUAUUUGGAAGACAUGGGAAGAGUAAUCCGAGUCUUAUUUCCAAAAAAAUCAACAACCGAGCAGCUUAACCAGGAAGAGUGGAGAGUUAAGAUGACUCCUGUGAAAGUCUUGUUCUUAAAAUGCCAACCAGUCAUACAUAUCAUUGCUAAAUGCAUAUCUGAAGCUGAAGCUUACCCACCUGAGAUCCCAGGGCAUAUCACCAAACUGCUCCAGAUUCAUAUUACAAGAUGUGAGCUUCAAGAUCUCCAUGCUGAUUACAUGCCACAAGGUUUCAGCGUCGAUGCCAGAGGAUCUCUGUUCCUGGAAAGACAGGGAAAGCAUAACUGGAUCAAGUAUCAGUUAGACGUUAGUUUAAAAUUUGUUGUUCCUCCUUUACUCUCCUGGGUUCCUAAACAUGUCUUGCAAAGAAUUUCGGAAUCGAUUCUCAGAAAUUAUGCGAAGGAUAUGAGUAAAGGAUUAGCUUUCAGAUUAUUAGCAGAUUAUAACUCGUUCAAGAGGAACAAGCCCGGAAAUUCGGUGCAAUUACAUCCAGAUGCAGCUCCACUAUUGAAGGAUCCCUUGGAUAAACAUUAAACCUUCAGAAUCUGCUGUUAUACAAGCUUUUUUUUAGAGUUCAAUGUUCAGUAAUAAUACAUAUAUGUCAAGGCUAAGGGUAAAUAACUUCCUCAUUUAUUAUCAUUAAUAGAUGAGAUAUACAACAUGACCUUGCAAGUGAAAGGAGUUUUGAAGAGGGUCACCAAACUCAGAAGAUAAUGAAGAUGCAUAUAUGUGGCUAAAUUCAUAAAAGCAUCUCUUGUUUGUUUGCUGUUGAAUUUGUUGAUGAUGUAAUUUGAUAUAGUUUAAUUGGUUUAUGUUUGUUGCACAUACAUAAAACUGAUAAAAGCUUUGCUCUA